GGGGCGCGCGGUCUCCCAGCAGCGCGGGAUGGCGGCGGGCGAGCAGCAGGGCCGCGAGUACCUGCGGCGCCACCGGAUCCCGGAGCUGCUGCAGCGCCUCGGCGCGCUGCUGCUCUACCACCGCCCCGAACGGCCGCGCGAGUUCCUGAUCCAGGCGCUGGAGAGGGUGAAGGCGGCGGAGCGGGCCGAGGGGGAGUACCCUUACCUCAUGGACGAGGCCAACCUGGCCGCCAUGUUCAGCCUGCUGGAUGUCGUGGGCCAAGGCUGCAUAAGGCCGGCACAGUACAGAGAAGCUCUUAAAACUUUGGGACUUAGCACCGAUGGUCUGCAGUUCGGCGAUGACGUGACUAUCACACUGGACGUAUUCAAGGAGGAAGUGAAGAAAAAAAUGCGGGAAAGCUGGACUGUGUAUUAGUUUGAGCAGUGGCCUGCUAUAUAUAGGUGAAAAAUGGGCAUCUUGCUCAAUUCUUGUUUGUCAGCUGUGGAUAACUGAUUUUAAGCAGCCCUCUCUUUUUCUCAUUUCCCCACAUCCCGUCAUUUGAGCAAUCAGCUGAAAAGGACAAAUGAAAGAACUUGGUCAUGUUCGCCAGGCACUGGAGGUGUAUCUUUUAAGAAUUGUUUUUCUGAAUAUUAUUAGAUUGGGGGGUGUGGGGGGGGCUGUGUGGAAUACAGAUCUCUUUUUACAGAACUAAAGUAGUGUUUUCGAAUUUCCUCCUUUAGUUUGUAUCCUACAGUAAGGGGUUGUUACUUGUUAGCUUGUUACUAUUGAAUAAAUUUAAGAGUUGAACUA